UCGAAACCGAAAGUGAAGCAAAUCUGGGUGAUAAAGAGGGUGAAAUCUGCUUUUUUUAAAAGUGGGAAGAGGUGUUUUGGUGACACGUUACAAACCUUCCUAUGUGGAAAUCAGGGAGGGGUGGCUGGCUGUUGUGUACAAGCUCAACCUGUCUUCCGUGGUGUUUUCUUUGGAAUCCUCCACUUGCUUUGCUUUCCUUCUUCUUCCUUUUCCUCUCUUGCUAGAACAGUCUGAGUGGGCACGUGUGCUGAAUAUCAACGUGAUCAAAGCUGAGUUGCAUUAUACAUUGUGGACUUGGGAUUAAGGGUAAAGCCGUGAGUGUUUUUCGUGAGUAGUAGUGACGCAGACACGCCAGACAAGGCCUCGGUUACGACCACUGCAGUGGAGGGGAAGGGGAAGGUGAAUGGGGCAACAGCGACCUCCGUGGGCAAUGAGACCGGAUGCUUCCACUGCGCAAUAGUGGCUCAGACAAAAGGAGGGGAAGGGCUUUAUGGUGAUAUUUAGAUCCGCCAGACAGGCUGUUAUCUGCAGAGGCAAAAGAAGUGAAUAGCCCCUGCGGUAAACUGAGUGAAAAAAACACCCUGAUUUAGGUUUACAGCCUUAGAGCCAUUGGCAUAGUGGCGUCUUUUCCUGCUCUGAAGGUGUUUGUCUAUUCGAACUUUUAGUGCACAAAUAGGCGCACAGCCGCUCCUUUCCCCCCUUCGGCUUGUUUGAUGUCUAGCCAAAUAUUGUGCAAGUACCAACGAAGUGAUAGCCCGCAUCUAGAAAGCAAAUUAUGGACACCUUGUGCUUUCUUCUGUCUUCCUCUUUUAGAUGCAUCAGCAGAGAACAGAUAAUUUCUACGUGUUGAAUUGCCUGUGGCCUUGUGGGGGAGUUGGCCAAGCUCUCAGUUUAUUUGCGGGUAAUAAAAAAAAAACGGGCAUGCAGUACGUGAAAACUCAAGGUUGCUUCUUUGAAACCUGCAGUAGUUAAAUUCUCAGGUUUAGGAUUUAAUGGACACGACAAGCUUAGGCUUACAGCACCAUGUUUUUAAAAACACAAAUAAAUUCUGUGUUAAGUUCUAAAUGGGAAAAAACUGAAAAUACAGUAUAUUAAAUGUAUCCUGGUGCAGGCCAUUCCCCGCGCUAUUUCCUUUUAAAAGGGGGAAACCACAAACACCACAUUACAUUUAUUUUUAGCUGCAUAUAAGAGUAACGUUACACCGACGCCCUGGCACCUAGCUGGUAUUACAGAUAAUUUGUUAAUGGCAGAGAUGAUACAGGCGUAUACUAAGUGAUAACGGCGGUGUAAAUAAUAAACGGGUUAGAAUCAGGCUCUGGUAUUUUUUAAAAUAAUAAUUACAUAUAUUAUUUAUUAGUUAACCACUUCUAUAAUUUCAAAAGUUUUAGCGAGCGUGUUUGAAUUCAGCGGAUUAUUUCAAAUCAGCAAAAGAAUUAUGCAUUUAAUUUAUUUCUAUUUUCUAUUUCCUUCUUUAAAAAAACACACACACACACACACACACACACACACACACACACACACACACACACACACACUAGGCCUGCUUCACGGCACGUUAUGUUUAUAUUUGUCAAGAAACAAAUAUAUAUAUUAUUAAAUUCAUAUAUAAUUAAAUUCAGUUAUAACGUAACUGAUAAAUCUACUAAAAAUACUCAAAUAAGAAAACCUAUUAUUAUUCUUUUUAAAAUCUGAUUUACCAAAAAUAGAAAAAAUAAAACAAAACAUCCUUUCAAUUCUCCUGAAACAACGACACGUUUAUUGAUGUAGUUAACAUAGAUAAUUGACAUAGUUAAUUUAACGCUAUAGUGUUUGUAAUUUUUUUUUUUGACGAAAAUACUCAAACUCCUGCAGGAGCGUUAAUUUCGUGGAAACUUCGUGUAUUGUAAUGAGGUUAAUUAGGCGUCAGAGACUUAGUUCCAGCGUGUACGGUGACCUGAAGUAGUCAGGAAGCUUGGUUGUGGUAGAAAAAUAACCCUAUACGAGAAUUUUCCAUGUAGUCUGCGCUUAAGGUUUAGCUCACAUAGGAAUACAAUUUUGUCGAGCUAAACGUUUAACUGAAAACUACUCAGCCUUAGGUAUGUUUCAUUAUUGGCUAGCUUUUUGUGCGUAUGAUAUAUAUUUAAUGCUUUAAGCUGUAGCAAAGAAAAACCUGCAGAGGAAAGCGUCUGGCCUGUGGGGAGAAAAAAACUGUUAUAAACUGUUAUAAAAAAAACGAUUCAUAAUUCACUAGUUAGUCUUAUUCAGAUCAUUGAGCUGCAAAGUUUCUGUGAUGUGGUGCUGUUUAAAAUGCGUUUUGGUGAGCAGCGAUCGUAGGGUGCUUACGUGUCCUAUAAAACGUCUCGUAAAAGAAGGCUUCCAAAUACAUUUUGUAUCGUUUUGGAUAACCGAGAGGGGAUUGGAACUGCAGCAAGUGCCAAUAAGAAGGAGCCUGGGGUCAUUUAUUUUAUUCAUUCAUAUUUUUCAUCUCGCAUAGCAGUUCCUGCUCAAAUCUUGAUAAUUCUUAAAAAAUUGAAGUUGUUAUAGGAGAGAGGGUGAGUAUUUAAUGACCGUAGGGAUUGAUUUAUCCUUUAUUGUUCAGCCUUAUGAUCACGUGUGUCUGCUACCCAAUGGCAUGGCAGCCUGUCUCCCCAUUACUUUCCCACUGUAGUUCUCUGUGGAGCGAAGUUGCUACUUGAUUUCUCCACAUUGUUAUUUUGUGAGGUUGGGUUUACUGCGUGUGUAUGUGUGUGUGUGGUGUGUGUGCGCGUCUCGCUUUUGCAUGCAUCCGCUGUAUGACUGUGUACAUGUGAAAGUGUAAUUUUUCUGCCAUGUCGACAUCUGGAACGCUGACUAGUUACUACGUCGAUUCCCUCAUUCUCCCCGAGAGCGAGGAGCUCUCUGUGCCGAGGUACACCUCCGGUCCUGGGCUCCAGCACGCCAGGCAGCAUGCCUCCAUCAGCGACCCCAGCGAGGUCGGGACUUGCACCUUCCCAUCCAAGCCCCAGGUAUUCGGGCCGUCGUGGAGCCACGUCCCGGCUCAGUUUCCAGCCACCGUCUCCUCUGUGUAUCAUCCCCACUACGGGCAUCCCCAAGGCCCAGUAGGUGGAGAUACAGAUGGCCGGUAUCAAUCCUGGCUUCUGGAGCCCAUGUCCGGUUCCCUGCCGUUGACCGGAUUACCGACGACCCAUCACUACGGGAUCAAACCGGAGGGACUGGGGACGCGAGCUGAAGGAGGGCUGCCCGGAUCCCACACGGCUCUGCUGCUCUCUGAUUACGCCAAUGGCACCGUGGCGUCAGCAUCACCGGUGGAAAAGGACGAACUCUCCGUCCAGGCAGGGGAUUUGAGCGGAGAGGGGGAAGAGAAACCGGGCCUAGAUCCAAAUAACCCAGUGUCCAACUGGCUCCACGCGAGUGCCACAAGAAAAAAGCGCUGUCCGUACACCAAGCACCAGAUCCUGGAGCUGGAGAAAGAGUUCCUCUUUAACACCUACCUGACCAGGGACCGUAGGUACGAGGUGGCGAGGCUGCUAAACCUCACCGAAAGACAGGUUAAAAUUUGGUUUCAGAACCGCAGGAUGAAGAUGAAGAAGUUCAAUAAAGACGGCGCACCGAAAGACGAGUGACUGAACCUUAGACAAAAGCAGCAUUAGACUGAUAGCGAGCUUGGUGUGUAAGAGCUCUUAACUUUGCUGGACCCUGUUUUUAAACAACAUUGUCGUAUUGUUCUUAAUAACAGCUAUAGGGUUAUUUGUCUUGUAAAAAACAAAAACAAACAAACAAAAAAACAGCAUGUUGGGCUUUAGUUUUUUGCAACUACCUUUAUAUUGCACAGUUUUAACAGUGCACCCUCGUUUUUUUUUAACUUGUUCUUUUCUCGUGCUGAUUUGAAUUAAUACCUCGUUAAAGUGUAUUAGUUGGCCUUGCCCCUGUGCUUGUUUGUGUAUGACUGUUUCUAGCUCUCUGUGUUCCGGAUUGUAGCUAUAUUUGUUGUCUGUCUCAGAGCCAACUGAGCGUAUAGUUUGUAAAAAAAAAAAGUAUUUUAUUGUUGUUUCUCUCUCACUAUUAGGAUAAGCAUUUGACUGAAUUUGAGUCUAACGUUAGAAACUGUAGGGAAAAAACAGAGUAAAAUAGGCGCAUAAAUACAAGGAACCUCCUGAGAACUCUUAUGAAAUUUCAAUAUAUAUAUAUGAUAGGCUAGAAGUUGUAUUACAUAACAUGAUUGACUACCUAUGUCUUUCAACUACCUACAUGGACCUUUGUUUUGCAGUGGUGGGUUGUAGUAGAUUUGUUCGCAUUACUGGACUACGUGUGACUGAAUUUCAGGGAGUCAUUUUCAAAGAGCGCAAUAUUUGUUAGUGAGUGCAAAUGGAAGAAAACACUGUAGGCUAGCUACUCAUUUUUAAUACCUCACGGUCAUGCUGACCGUCUGACUUUUGGUUCACAAAUGUAAUUUGUACUUUAUUUAUUGAAUAAAACAAAUUAUAUCUGCGA